AUGCUUGAUCGUGAUCGUGAUCGUGAUCGUGAUCGUGAUCGUGAUCGUGAUCGUGAUCGUGAUCAUGAUCGUGAUCGUGAUCGUGAUUUUAUGGUACUAUGUGGAACUAGCGCUGACAAUUGGUCAUUUGUUCGUCGACGACUCGAAUUAUUCAAUCGUGACGUUAAUGUUCAAGAAGAAAAUCAAUGGCUUCCAAACAGUGCCAAGAUCGGGCGUGGUUAUAAUCUAGCUAAAGGCGCACCCCCCACAACAGGAUCUUGUAUCAACAAACUGAUACCGGAAAACGUUGACGUAGAUUGUUUGCCCUCGACAGAUAUCUCAUCUAGCACGGAAAUUAUAAGUACAUUACGUCAACUUCAAGAAAGCACAAUGAAAGGGAUUGAUAUAACAACAGAGGUGUCUGGGGGUUUUGGUCCUUUUUCAACAUCUUUCUCUUAUACCCAUUCUGAACAAACACGGUCUAUGAUUGAUACUAUCAUCAAGGAGAAUUCUACUGUACUUUUUACUACAUUGAAAAUUUCUUGGGUGCGCCUCUCGCUCUUCGAACCAAAGAUUGAUUUAACUGAUAAUUUUCGUUUUGUAAUUCAACAUAUGCCUUGUUGCGACUACAAUGCAGCUGUGGAGGAAUAUGUUCGUAAGUACAUUAUCAACUAUUUUGGCUAUGCAUAUGUCCAUGAUUUAUUACUUGGUGGCAUUGCCCAACAACGUAUUGUAAUCAGUGAAGCUGGCCGUAGUAAGUUAGAAAAAAAUGGUUGGACGAUGUCCGAUGAAGCGAGUAUAAGUUUUUCAGCGGGACAGAUCUUUUCAGCAGCUCUCAAGAUAAAGACAACUGAUAAUUACGACAAGGCAAAGCUUGAUACUUUUAGUAAAUACUCCCAACAAAGCAGUGUUACCACUCUGGGUGGAGAUAUUUCGCUGCAAUCAUUCGAGGAGUGGUCCAAAACAAUAAAAACAAAUCCUAUUAUUGUAAAAUUUGGUGUUUCACUCAUAUUUGAUUUGCUAACCAGCUAUCGCUUUCCAACGGAUCCAAAAAUUGGUUUCAAAGCUCAGCUCAUUCGAACAGCGACAGAAAUGUAUUUGCUGAAUCCCCUAUAUUGUUUUAAUCAAUGUACAGAUGCAACUCAUGGUACAUGCAUUGACAGUGGCUAUUUCCAAUUUGGCACAUGCAAGUGCUACAAUGGAUGGACAGGACUCGACUGUAGCUCACAAAUUGAAGAAAAAGGUAUACUUGUAUACCAUUAA